AUGAACUCAGACUACGAGAGCAGUGACAACGAGGAACAAGAGGAUGAGAGCAGUGUUCAGUUCCUUCCCCCUUCCACACUCGAAUCUGAAAUGAAAGAAAUGAUUGCUGACGUCCAAUCCGUGCUGGAAAUCAAAACCGGAGUGUGUCGAAUCCUUCUUCACAAAUACAAAUGGAACAAGGACUCGCUCUUCGAUAAGUUCUAUGAGCAUCCGGACACCACCGCCUUCCUGAUUGACGCUCAAGUCAUACCGAAACACUCUCCAACUCCAUUCCCAGCUGUCCCCAACAUUCCACAAGAAUGCGAGAUUUGUUGUGAGCUCACGGAGAAGCUCUCGGGACUCGCUUGCAAUCAUAAGGCUUGCUUCGACUGCUGGAAAUCGUAUUUAACGGAGAAGAUUGUGGAAGGAAGGCAAUGCGAAAUCGAAUGCAUGGAUUCAAAUUGUAAAUUGCUGAUCGAGGAUGAAAAAGUGAUGUGUUACAUCACGGAUUCGACGGUGAUGGCGAUGUACGAAAGGCUGACGAUCAACAGCUAUGUCGCCGCAAAUCAAUAUUUGAAGUGGUGUCCAGGAGUGGAUUGUGGGUUGGCUGUAAAAACCACCUCCACCGAACCCACUCUCAUCACUUGCCCUUGCGGAGCCAACUUCUGCUUCGCUUGCUGCCAAGACUGGCAUGAACCAAUCAACUGUCAUCUUCUCAAAAAGUGGCAGAAGAGAUGCAGUGAUGACGCCGAGACGUUCAACUGGAUCCUCGCCCACACGAAAGAAUGUCCAAAGUGUCAAGUGAUCAUCGAGAAGAAUGGUGGUUGUAACCACAUGACAUGCCGGAAUCGAUCCUGUAACUACCAGUUCUGUUGGUUGUGCAUGGGAUCCUGGUCAGGACAUGCAAGUGCUGGAUGCAACAGUUUCGAGGAUGAAAAGUCAGCCCUCAGACAGAAAUCUCGAGUCAGUCUCGAUCGCUACCUCUUCUACUACCAUCGGCAUGAAGGACACCGACAAAGCUUGUUGCUUGAGAAAAAUCUCCAAGAAAAAAUCGCCGUAAAAAUGGAGGAUCUCCAGAAGAUUGGACGUAUCACUUGGGUUGAGGUCAAGUUCCUCGAGCAAGCCGUCCAAGUCCUCUCAACUUGUCGACGGACCCUGAUGAAUACGUACGCAUUCGCGUUCUAUCUCAAACGAGACAACCAUGCCGUUAUCUUCGAAGCCAAUCAACGGGAUCUUGAGAUGGCAACGGAGACUUUGUCUGGGUUCUUGGAGCAGGAAGUCGAGUUUCACAAUGAUUUUCACAGUUUGAAACUGAGCAUCCUUGAUAAAACACGAUAUGUUGAACAUCGCCGUCAAGUCCUUCUGAAACACUGCGCCGAAGGAUACGAACAAAAUAUCUGGAAGUUCGACGAGACUGCUGCAUACUAA